CUGCUGGAUCUGUGCUCCCACCUGAAGGACUAUGAGACUAAAGCAGGCUUGAGGGUCCUUCCAACAUUACAGUCAGUUUUCCAGUCAGCUCCUGCAGUCUGGUCCAUAGACCUCUCAGAGAGAAAGACCUCCAUCCUCCUGGAAGUGCUGAAACUCCAACCAGAGAAGAAACCAGUGGAGCUGACAGGCUGCUCAGGUGAAGAGAGUGAAGUGAGGAGUUUCCUACAGUGUCUGCCUUAUAUCUCACAGCUCAGAUUCUCUCAGCGGUUUAGAGGCUCAGGUGCAGUCAAGUUCUUUGGGAAUCUGUUCUGUGCAGCAGCAGAGAGAGAACAGCAGACAGGAGAGAAGAUACUGGAGCUGUUAUCAUCAGUGUGCAGAUAUCAAUCAUUCCCUCUUAAAGAGAAAUGGUGUGAUUUCCUGCUGGACCUGUACUCUCAUGAUCCUGAAACAGGGUUGAGAGUCCUUCCAUCAUUACAGUCAGUUUUCCAGUCAGCUCCUGCAGUCUGGUCCAUAAACCUCUCAGAGAGACAGACCUCCAUCCUCCUGGAAGUGCUGAAACUCCAACCAGAGAAGAAACCAGUGGAGCUGACAGGCUGCUCAGAUGAAGAGAGUGAAGUGAGGAGUUUCCUACAGUGUCUGCCUUAUAUCUCACAGCUCAGGUAAAUUAAUUGUACUUCACAUGACUUCAGUGGACAUUUCUGGAAACUCACUGUUAGUUUGAAGGUGAAGGUAAAGUGUUCAGGUGAUCAGUCCACAUAAACGUUAUAUCACUGUGUUUAGUUUUAUUGAUGACAUGCUGUUUUAUUCUACGCAGCCCAAUGUGUUUAUUCCUACAUUACCUAGAGUUCUGUGCAGAUCAAACCCCCCUAGCAACGCUCAUUUCCCAUGAGCUGAUAAAUGUUGUGAUACUGGAUUGGACCCGAAAGAGACGAUUUUCUUGUGGUUCAAUUUCAUUCUUCCUGACUAAUCAGUGGAUAUCUCCAUCUUGCAUAUUGUUAAGCCGUGUGAGGUCCCUAUUGAAUUUGCUAAGAUUAUAUUUAGGGCCCGAGCACGACCGUGUGAGGU